AUAAAAUAGAUGUCCUUAAUCGCGCGCAAUUGAUUGAUGAUGCGUAUUAUUUUAUGACACAAGGAUACGUAUCAUCGUCCAUAUUUUGGGAUCUUGCAAACUAUCUAAAGGACGAUGUAAAUUAUAUAGCCUGGUAUCCGAUGUUCAAUAUUUUAUCGUUCAUGUGGCCUGUUUGGGAUCAUCCGGAAGCGGAACUUAUGAAGGGACAUGUACGUCAAAUGUUGGGCGGCUUGCUUGAACAUUUGGGAUAUGAAGAAAGAGAUGGUGAGGACAAUAUGCAGAAGACAUUGAGAUUAUUAGCAACAAGAUGGGCUUGCAAGUUAGGGCAUAUAAAGUGUCAAAGAGUUGCUGCGGGAAAAUUGUCUAGACAUCUCUCCGACCGUAAUAAUGAAAACAUUUUUCAACCAUGGUGGAAGGAUUGGGUAUACAGUGCUGGCAUGAUUUUGGCCAACGAAACUAUAUCGCAGAUACUGCUUGAAAAAUACGAAAUUACCAAGGAUAUAGAUAUGUUGAAAUACUUGUUUUGCUCGGAUGAUGUACAGAUUAUCAUAAAGUAUACGAAUGAAAUAUCGUCUUUGACUAUGAAAGUUGUGCUGUUGCAUAAAGACGAAAUUGGACUUCAUCUUCUUAUCAUAAAAAAGCACAUAAGGAACCCUGAUCUUCUGGAAUACUACAUAAGAAAUUAUUUUAAAAUAAACUUGUGA